AUCGAUUGUCUUGCAGCUCCGCAGUAUAUGUAGUUGUAAGCUUAAAGUUGUAAACGGAAUUCAUAGACAAGAUUAUAAACAAUAGUAUUAAUUCAAAUAAAUAUGGAAUAUGAAAGUGUGCUGAUUGUAAAGCCCGAGGUAUUCAUAUACAAAAUACCGCCUCGCGCCAGCAACAGAGGAUACAGAGCAGCGGACUGGAACCUCAAAGAGCCCACCUGGACCGGACGAAUGCGUCUGGUGGCCAAGGGCACAACUUGCAUACUGAAGCUGGAGGAUAAGACGAGCGGCGCUCUGUUUGCCAACUGCCCCGUCGAUACAUAUCCCGGUGUUGCCAUCGAGUCGGUCUCGGACAGCUCACGCUACUUCGUCAUACGUGUCCAGGACGACAAUGGACGAUCGGCCUUCUUGGGCCUCGGUUUUGGCGAUCGCUCCGACUCGUUUGAUUUGAAUGUGGCGUUACAGGAUCACUUCAAGUGGGUCAAGAAUCAGGAGCAAAUCGAAAAAGAGAAAACUGAACCCAAACAGGAGCUCGAUUUGGGCUUCAAGGAGGGUGAAACCAUCAAAAUAAACAUGCGCAUCACGAAAAAGGAUGGCUCUGAAGGGAGCUCGCGCACUGGCAAGGGCAAAGGUACCGGCGGUGUACUACCACCGCCGCCCGGUGGUUUGGCCAAAAUCGCACCACCGCCAGCCGGUGCGGCUGCGGCGACGUUGCGGCAGAGUCCGGGCGCAUCGCCAGCCCAUCGGACUAGCGGUGGCGGCGCCGGCACGGAGUGGACCGACUACGCAUCCGCCGGUGGUAAUCAAGGACAACAGAAUACGGCAAACGCCAAUUGGGUUCAGUUUUAGGCUGCGACCUGCGCAACGUCACGCACCGGUUUUGUGUUAAGGGCUCUUAACUGCUUUUUUACACACACACACACACACACACACACACACACGCAUACAAACAACUUAAACUCGCUAUUGAAUUGGACAACAUAACGACCAACACUAAGAAACACACACAAACAAAUAUAUAUAUAUAUAUAAAGUAGCAGCAUAUACAUAUAUAUAUGUUGCAUACAUUUUCAAAAACAUGUCCGUUAACGUUAAAUUUUUUUAAUUUAAUUUUUGCAUUAAUAUUGUUUUUUGACAUAUUAAGAACUAUAUAUAUACAUAUUACAUAUAUAUAUAUAUAUAUAUGUACAGAACUGUUCUGACGUACAAUUCUAAAUGAAUUUAACUCAAGCGUAUUUGCAUAUCACAGCAAAGAUGAAUUUUCGUGGAAUGGCAAUUGAGAACAGUUUCUGUUAAGUGUUGGAAAUGUAGCAUAAACAUUCCGUUUAGGGCAAGACAUUGUAAUUAGUUCAAAAGUAUCGUUAUCGUUAUCGUUAAACCGAUUAAAAAUUAACCUUUUUUUUGCUCUUCACAUUGUUUUACAUACACACACACACCCAUGCCCCCCACACACAAAAACACACACCUAAAAUGAAUUGAAAAAUAGAAUUAAAAGAAAGAAAAA